AAAGUGAAAGUCUGCAGAACUACUGUACAAAAAGUAUAAAAGAUUACAAGAAAAGUCUGACUGCUUGGAGGCAAAGUGAAAAGAACCGUAGCAAUGUUGCUCUAACAUGAUGUGUGUGUGUUUACUGGGGGUGGAGGGCUGCCGAUAACCAUUAAUAUUUUAAUAUUUAACUCAUCUCAUGUUACUUUUUGUCAAGUGCCCAUCUCACUAACUGCAACCGCAAUGAAAUUAGAGAAAGAAACAAAAAGAGAUGGUGGGAAACGUAUGAGUGACAGAUGAAACAGGGCCAAGUGGUUGUUGAAGAGGUGGAACCUGAAGACCAAACUAAUGAAAGCUCCCAGGAUCUUGUUUCCUCCGAGUCCUUUGUGCCCUUCGCUGUCAGAUAUAAAGAGAAGAAGGGAUGACAGAAAACAGAGGAGGUAGAAGUGUUGAUUAAAUGAGGGUGAUGGAUACGGAGAAGGUAAGAAGUGCUUGCUGGGUUUAAACAGACCGUUUUGGAAGGUGCAAUGGAAGAUGUUUUCCAGUGACUCAGUUUUUUUCUGUUCUGAAUUUUACUUUUAAAGGAGCAUGUGGAGAGAAGGAAUAACAUAUGGGACACAUCACCAUCUGUAGUGAUGAGGCGCUAGUAGGAAAAUCGCUCCUGCAUUGUUUUGACGACUCAAGUGCUAACGUGUAACUACUAAGGAUGUUUUGCAUCAUCCAUGAGAGCAAGACGUAAGAGUGCAGCUGUCAAAGAGCAGAACCAGCAACAUUUUGCAUCUAUCAAAGAGCUUACCAGUCUAUGAUGUCUCGAGACCGACUGCCUCUCAUUGGUUCAUCUGGAAGAAAAACAGGCAGACCUCCGUUUGCUGGCGCUUCUCUCCAGCACCCCAAUCAGACCAAUCAAAGGAAGCACAACCGGCAGCCACAGACAUCCUCCUCCUCCUCUUCCUCUCAUCCAUCGUCCAUCCUCCUCUCAGACACCACCGUGACUCCUUGGGGAGGCCUGGUUCAUGUUGAAUCCUCCUUUACUACGAUCCCCCCAACACUUCCUCUCAAACGCCCUCCUCCUCCCCCACCAUCACCACCACCUGUUCCACCUACCACUCCCAGUAGAAAAAACAAACAUUCAAGUUUUACCUCUGAAAUCCCAUCUCCAUGCCUGGGGGGUUCCCAGAGCAAUGCAGGUGGAGUCAGCCAGGGUCUGAGGAUGAAGAGGAAGGUGCUGCUGCAGCAUCGAGUCCCUCGUCCUCCUCGUCUGCCCCCGUUGCAUCCCAUCACCAACCUCAGCUUCUCCCGAAGCUUCACCUUCUCCUUCUUUGAGCUGCCGCUGCACCUUUCUCCUCACUCUCGUGCUGAACACGUCAAAAACCUCUUCCAGCUUUUGAAACAGAUACGCUACUAAGGUUUUAGGGCAAUAUUGUGAUUUUUUUUCUUAAUAAAAUAUAUUAUUGUUGGUGAAAUCCGUGCUAUUUAAAUCAGGCUCUAUAAGAAUUGUGUGUAUUUAGGCUUUAAGCUUGUAGAAAAUUACAAUUUAGUAAAUAAGAUGAUUAAAUUUACUUUAAAAGAGCUUUUGAUAUUACUUUAACAAGCCGUUUUAAAUGAAAUAGCAUGGAACCGUCUUUUCAACUCUCCAGGCCGGGGGAGCAGCUGCUCUUCUCUGAAGCUUACUUCACACAGGAAGCAUCAGCGGCGCCGAACGUCUGCAGAACGUCUGCUUCAAAUAGAAUCCAUUAGAGUCUAUAUGGGUUAUUUCAAAAUUUCUGCGAUGCGACAAUUUU